CAAUAUCCCGCGGUGAACAACAGCUGGAUUUCGACGGGGACGACCUGUGGUAUGACAGUCAACAAUACCUAAAUCAACCGGAACAACCAACACAACAACAACACUCACAAUGCUCCCAUCCACAGCGCCCUACCAACUACUACUACGACCUAGUAGUAACCGUGCCGCUUUGCGCCGGCUCCAACUCCAACACAUUGGUCUUCUUCCCCGCAGCAGCACAACAACAACAGCCACAGAAACAACAACAACAACAUCAUCACUAUUCUUACGAAAAUACGCCACGACACAAGGCGCCGCUCCGAAACGACGAAACGUGACGGUUCUCUCCGACGAUGGACGCUACGAGUGGGGAGAGUUGAGCGGGCGGGAGAAAGUCGCGAGGGCGACGCAGCAGUCGGUGAAUUUCGUGGUGAUUAUUGCGGGGGCUGUGUUGACGGGCGGAGUCUUCUACCUUCUCUUCACGGAGGUCUUUUCCCCGAAUAGCAAGACAUGGCAGUUUGAGAAGGCGGUGGAGCGCAUCAAGGAUGAUGCUCGGUGUACAGAUCUUCUAGGUGAUCGGAGGGAGAUCAAGGCGUAUGGGGAGAAUACGUGGAGUAGGUGGGCGAGGAAUAGGCCUAUCGCGACGUCCGUGUAUCAGGAUAGAUUGGGUCGCGAGCAUCUGAAGAUGAACUUUCAUGUCGAGGGUCCGCUCAAUUCCGGAACGGUGUUCGUGCACAUGAUGAAGCCGUUGAAUGAGCAUCACUGGGAGUAUCAGCUUCUUGCUUUGGAAGUGCCGGGACAUUCCCGGGUUGUGCUGGAAGAAGCGCGCGAGAAGCCUGGUGUUGGACAGGCGCUGAAGAUCUUUGGUAUCAAGUGGCGGUAGAUGGGAAGCGCCAUUUGGACCGGCAUAUGAAGGGACUGCAGUCAUCCCGAAUAUGAAUACUGUAUUAUAUACGUGAACUGUUUAUGAGUGUAAAAUAUACCAUAGGAGAACUGAAUCCGG